CGGUUUGAGAUGCUCCUACAUAAAGCCCAAUACAAGCCCAGAUGGCAAACAUAUACGCACACUUUCCUAUCAUUUCUAACUGACCCGUUUGAUGAGGCAGAUGAGUUCGAUUUCGAGAACCCACCGGAAAAUAUGGCUUUUUUGGACGACUCCGGCGAUAAGAGACGGUGGGUUGGUGAGAAUGUACAGUGGUCAUCCAAGAAAAAAAGCGGAAUUGAAGAAGCUAAGACCAAUGAUUGUAGAAAGAAUUAAAAAUAGAGCCAAAGAUUACCCAAUUAAAGCAAUGAUUCCUGUUGCUGAAGAUGUGCUUAAAGCUAGAGUUCUUCUCAUUCAAGGGGUCUCUACACUUCUGAAUUUUGUUCCUGUCUGGACUUGCAAGUUCUGUCCAGAAGUAUAUAUCGGUGAGGAAGGCCAUUUAAUAAAGACUUGUGGUGGUUAUAGACACCAUGCCAAGAAUCAACAUCAUGAGUGGGUAAAAGGGAGCUUGAAUGAUAUUAUUGUUCCUGUGAAAACAUUUCAUCUUAAGAACAUGUUCCAAAAUGUAAUUGAGCAUCAAGAGAGGUUCGAUUUCGACCGUGUUCCUGCAGUAGUUGAAUUGUGCUUACAGGCAGGUGCUUUUCUGUAUGAUGAAAGGUUAUAUUCAAGGCACUUGAAUUUUGAUACAGAUGUGAAUUCGUUUGUUGGAGAUGCAUACAUGUCUGAAGAGGAUCAGAGGUUUGUAGCAAGAGGAACAUUGAGUGCUUGGGAGACUGUCAAGUCUGGAGUCCAGAAAUUGUUACUGGCUUAUCCUACAAAGGUCUGUGAACAUUGUUCAGAAGUUCAUGUGGGGCCAUCUGGUCACAGAGCACGACUUUGUGGUGUGUUUAAAUACCAGAGAUGGCGGGGGACUCAUUUCUGGAAAAAAGCAGAAGUAGAUGAUUUGGUUCCUCCACAGAUCGUGUGGUUUCGUAGACCUCAAGAUCCUCCUCUCCUCCUUAACACAUGUCGAGAGUUUUAUGGGCAUGCCCCAGCUGUAGUGGAUCUAUGCGUAAAAGCUGGUGCUAUUCCACCAUCAAAAUACUUGUGUAUGAUGAAAAUGCAAGGAUUAGCAGCGCCAUUAUUAGCACCAGCUGUUGUGGUGGAUUAAGGCUUAUUCGUAUUUGAUUAUGCUGAUUUGGGUCCAAAGCACAUGAUUGUAGUGUUCCAGGAUUGCAAGUCUUAGAGCGUUUUCUUAAGCAUGAUAUGCCUAACCAGCCGGUUCUUAUGACAGUUUUUUAGGUAUGUCUGUUCUCUUAUGAUGACAUUGUAGAAAUUAUAUGUCGUUAAUUCCUCGCCUUUUUUUUUCUGUUCCAUUUGAUUGACUGAAUAUUGUGUCUUGCAGUCCAAAUUUAUGUUUUAAUUGUAUAUCUAGCACUGUAGCCUUGCAAAUAUGUUCUCUUGGUUGGGGACGUAAAUAUAAGCAUUAUAUUAGGGAAAAUUAAUUAAAGGUCCAUGAACUAUUGGUGUUUUAUUGUCUGGGUCCCUGAAAUAAAGAUUUCAAUAUCCGGGUCACUUACAAUUUCUGUUUUCUUAUUUGAGUCCUUCCGUGAACUGAGAUUCUAACAGACGUUACAAUCUCGAUGACGUGGCAGAAUUGUUGACACGUGUAUAUGAAUUUUUUUUUAAAGGUCCCUGAAGUAUUAGUAAUUUUCUUAUUUGAGUCCUUUCAUUGAUUUGGCUAUUAGUAAUGUCAUCACAGCUCAAGGCCGCAUUGAUCCCAACCAAAACACUGGCAUUUCGAUCCAAUAUACUGUCAUCAAGGCAGCCCCGGAUCUCAAAAGGGUAGCGCGAGACUUUAGAACUUACUUGGGGCGGCCUUGGCAAGAAUUUUUGAGAACAGUGUUGCUAAAGAGUUACAUAGAUAGUUUAGUGAGUCCACAGGGUUGGUUGGCAUGGGAGAACACGAACUUUGCAUGGGAUACUUUAUAUUAUGGGGAGUAUAAAAAUAUUGGGCCUGGUUCUUCAACGAGAAACAGAGUAAAAUGGAAGGGCUAUCAUGUUAUUAGGAGUGCUAAUGAGGCCUCUAAGUUCACGGUGAACAAGCUUAUAGCAGGCAGGACAUAGUUAAGAGCCAUUGGAGUGCCCUUUAGUUCUGGGCUCUGAUUUAUCAUUUCUUAUGAUUUAGCUUUAUUUGAAGUUAUAGUGUUAUUAUGUGUGGUGAUGUACUGAUGUGUUUGUGUUGAUCAAAUGAAGCGAUUAGUUGUUGAAUUUAAUAAUUUAUAGUUUUUUUUAGCGCUGCAUCCGAUUUUUAUUAUUUGUAAAUUCUGAUUACUAAGAAAAUUAAUGAAAGGACUCAAAUAAGAAAAUUACUAUUAGUUCAGGGACCUUUAAAAUAAAAUUCAUAUACACGUGUCAACAAUUCUGCCACGUCAUCGAGAUUCUAACGUCCGUUAGAAUCUCAGUUAACGGAAGGACUCAAUUAAGAAAACUGAAAACGUAAGUGACCCGGAUAUUGGAAUCUUUAUUUCAGGGACCUAGACAAUAAAACACCAAUAGUUCACGGACCUUUAAAUUAAUUUUCCCUUUUUAUUAUCAGAGCACACUUUUUUGGUUUGCAAUCUCAUCUCAGUUGACAACGCAUAAAAUACAAACAAAAUGGUUCAGCGACUUCUCCCAAACGCCACCAAAUAUAACCAGCACAGGUUCUGUUGUGAAACUCCUGGGUUUUUAUGUUAUGGUCUUGUCAACAAGUUUUUGUCUUUUUAGUUUGUUCAGUCAUUUCCUUGGAUCUGUGUGACGUGGGGUCGAGUUUGUCUAAUUGUUUUGCUUUGAUUUUACUAUAAAAUGAUAGAAGAAUAAAUUGAAUUGCUAUCCUUUAUUGACUGACAUGAUUUGAUAUGUUAAUGUUUAUAUUAUAUAUGAGAAUGUUGGUUUUAUGAGAUAUAGAAUAGUUGCAUACACACUGUACAUAUGUUAUUUAUGUGUGGCUCCAUUUAUAUAGGAAAUAAGAAGAUUCAGACCAGCAAAAGUCGUCAAGUAGGAGUUUUGGCUGCUUAUGUGACACACAUGUAUUAAUAUUUAAUUAUCUGUUAAUUUGAUUUUAUAUUGUCUGCGUUUGCAUUAGCUUUUGCAUAGCCUCUUUCUUGGUUGAGAAAUUGAGAUUAUAUAUAUAGGCAGGCCAUUUGGUUCCCAUUAGUUUAUACUUUAGGUAAAGGCUGAAACUUUGAAGAUCGUUGGGUAAAGUAUAGAGGAUAUACCUUUUCACCAGUUCUUGGAUCCAUGGCUCUCUUGUUGUCAACUGUUUGGGGAUGAAAAUGAUGAAUGUGGUUCCCCCAGAUUACAAAAACCCAAAAACGUUGCAAAGAAGCACUAUAUGGAACCUACUCUAUCUGCAGCUAAAAAGACUGCUAAACAGAAAAUCUUGGCUGAAAGAAACCAGGCUUUUACUUUCACUAAUUCCUCAAAACCCCCAAUUCUUGAUUCAAGAACUUCUCCUGCUCGUUCUGUUCGAUCUUCUUGCAGUUCUGAUUACGAUGAAGAUGAGGAGAACAGUUUUGAUGGUAAUACAUCUUCGAAGAAGCCAUAUGACCCUUUUACUAAUUACCUUUCUCCCAGGCCUAAAUUUUUAAGGUGCGAUCCCAAUAAGAAGCGCAGAAUCUUUAUGCACGGAGGGAGUGAAAUCUCAGAGAAAAAAGAUGAGUUGGGGGUUAUCAGUACUACCCAGCGGAUUUCUUCAGGCUUGUAGGUUGAUCUCCACAUUAGAGUCUCUUCCAGCAUCUUCUCUGCUUUUUCUACAUUCCAGUUACGAGCUUCCAAGAAUCUCCUCAAGCAAGCAUCUGUGCAGUAUUGUAAACUGUGCUCUGAUAGAGGGCCAAGAGCAACUCUCAGCUCAUUGAUCUGCAGAGAACAGAGGCAAAAGUUAGGAAGUGGUUGCAGACAAUCACCUUGGUAAUUAUUAGUAACAAAUGGCAGCAGCACUAUAUGCCAUAUCUGGCCCCAUGUUGGAAUAUGUGGUGUUCUUGAUCAGACUAUAGAAUAUAACCUCAGACUGUACUCAUAGGAGAAUCUCCAAUACAGCUUCAUAAUCCUCUUUAUGUACUAUUUUGAUAUGAAAAUUCCUCUACCCAGCCAUAUAAAA